AUGUUGGGUUCUGCUGUGGGGUUGGGUUCUGCGGGGUUGGGUUCUGCGGGGUUGGGUUCUGCUGUGGGGUCUAUUAUAAAGUCUGGUGUAUUGCUAACAGUGUGCUAUGCUGGUGGCUCUUCUGGUGUUGUUGUCGAGCACGAGGAGGUGGGAAGCCCUUUGACGCAGAUUGCGAUGGUGUUUGUGGCGGCUUGGAGGAAGAGGCACUUGGAAUUGCCCUCUGAUUCAUCCUUGUUGUUCAACUUGGAUGAUGUGGCUGAUGAAAGUCUCAGAAAGAACAAGCAGAUGUUGCCUCAUAGCAAGCAGUUUCGCUUCUUAGACAAGGCAGCGAUCAAGGACCCAAAAAUGGACGGCGAAGAAAUCACAAUGCAGAGGAAUUGGUAUCUCUCAACCCUAACCGACGUGGAAGAGGUCAAAAUGGUGCAAAGAAUUCUCCCGGUGUGGGCCACCACCAUCAUGUUCUGGACAGUCUACGCCCAAAUGACCACAUUCUCAGUCCAACAAGCCACCACCAUGGACCGCCGCAUCGGAAACUCCUUCCAAAUCCCCGCCGCGUCGCUCACCGUCUUCUUCGUCGGAAGCGUCCUCCUAACGGUUCCCAUCUACGACCGCGUCAUCACCCCCAUAGCCAAAAAAAUCUCACACAACCCACAAGGGCUCACCCCUCUGCAACGCAUUGGGGUAGGGUUAGUGUUCUCAAUCUUCGCCAUGGUGUCAGCAGCACUCAUUGAAAUAAAACGCCUAAGAAUGGCACAGUUCUUCUUUGUGGGGUCGGGGGAGGCAUUUACGUACAUAGGGCAACUAGAUUUCUUCCUGAGGGAAUGCCCUAGAGGGAUGAAGACCAUGAGCACGGGUUUGUUCUUGAGCACGUUGUCGUUAGGGUUUUUUCUUAGUUCUUUGUUGGUGACUUUGGUGCACAAAGCCACCCGCCACCGCGAGCCGUGGCUCGCGGACAAUCUUAACCAUGGGAGAUUGCAUCACUUCUACUGGCUAUUGGCUCUGUUGAGUGGUGUGAAUUUGGUGGCGUACUUGUUUUGUGCUAAGGGGUAUGUGUACAAGGACAAGAGGCUCGCUGAGGCAGGCAUUGAGUUGGUGGAAACCGACACUGCUUGCCAUGCUUAGGUUUUAGUACUUUACUCUUGGAAGAAGAAGAAGAAAAAAAAUGUGUUAAUAAUUUAUGUGAAACAUUGUUAAGGUUAAUGUAUUUUCAUAUUGUAGAA